AAUAAACAAAACGGGCAAAACAGACAAGCAAAAGCAAGCGCGCGCGUUCGGUCGUCAACAACGCCGAUAGUUCGGCCAGUGAAUUAUUCCGUUUAUAUAUUUUUGUUGAGUUGAGGUUUAAAAAUGUCCAAGAGAAGUUUGCCGUUGUGGAUGCGCGAUGCGGAACUAUCUCCGGCGGCACCUGGUCCGAAGAAGCGAGUCCUCUCCGAGAGCAAGAUCAACGAAAUAGCCGCCGCCGUAAUCGAAGACGUUGAUGCGAAAUCCAAGGUUGAUAAUGAGAACCAAGAUCAGGUAGAUACGCCUCGCCGAAGGUUGCGAAGCAACUUCAAAAUCCCGGACGAAAUUCCCAAGCGGGAACCGACGGCGGUGCAGUUGAACAUUGAGGACGUCCCAUUCAUAGACUACAGAGGAGAGAUUCGGUACUACACGGACAUGCGGGACAUGGCCUUUGCCUGCGAUCAACUAGUCCAGUGGGUGGACAAGAGAUCGCCGGAAGAUCAUCCGGUGGUGCCGAUCGCGUUCGACUUGGAGUGGCCUUUCAGCUUUCAGACCGGACCCGGGAGGACCGCCCUGAUGCAACUCUGCGUAGAAACGAACGUCUGUUAUCUGUUCCAGUUGUCCUGUUUGAAGAAGCUUCCCGCGGCAGUUCUACAGCUGCUGACUCAUCCGCGGGUUCAACUGCAUGGGAUUAAUGUGAAGAACGACUUCCGCAAGUUGGCGCGUGAUUUCCCGGAGGCGAAUGCCGACCUGUUGAUUGAGCGGUGUGUCGAUUUGGGCGGAUGGUACAAUCGGAUUCAUGGGUCGUGUGGUGUUUGGAGCAUGGAACGGCUGGUGCUGCAGGUUUGCCGCCAGCGGGUGGACAAGAACAAGAAGGUCCGCAUGAGCAAGUGGCACGUGCUGCCUCUGAGCGACGACCAGAAGCUGUACGCCGCGGUGGAUGUUUAUAUCGGACAGGAAAUUUAUCUCAAGUUGAAGGACAAGGAACGCCAGCUGGAACUGGAACAGCUGGAGCUGAAUCUCGCUCUGAAUGCCCCAACUCAGACGACUGAAGAAUAAUAGCAUUUAUGCCAUUUAGCUGACAAAAGUACUUUUAGCAGUAAGUUCCUUGUUAUAAUUACUAAGUUAUCAGAAACCGGAAUCGACAAUGUCUCGCGUGGUGCACAUUCUGAGAGCCGGCAAGCUAAGCUACCAAAAGUCGUUAAACCUCCAAAAAACGGUGUCCUCGGCCGUACUCAACGGGGACCAAUCGAACGUGCUAAUCCUAACCGAACACGAUCCCGUCUACACCGUUGGAAUCCGAACGAAAUCCUACGGCCCAGAAGAGGAACGUCGACUGAAAGCGCUCGGAGCGGAAUUCUUCCGGACCAAUCGCGGUGGGUUGAUUACGUUUCACGGCCCCGGCCAGCUGGUGGCCUAUCCGGUGCUGAAUCUGAAGAACUUCCAACCGAGCGUCCGGUGGUACGUUUGUCACAUCGAGAAGACUGUGAUCGAUCUGUGCCGGAGGUAUGGACUGAAGGCGGCCACGACGGAGGACACGGGAGUUUGGAUCGGAGACAGAAAGAUUUGUGCGAUCGGCAUUCACGCAAGCAGGUAUGUUACGACUCACGGGUUGGCGCUGAAUUGCAACAAUGAUUUGGGGUGGUUCAAACAUAUCGUUCCCUGUGGGAUCGAAGGCAAGGGGGUUACCUCGUUGAGUACGGAGUUAAGCCGGGAGGUGCCGGUCGAGGAAGCAACGGCAAAGUUUUUGGAAAGUUUCCGGGACGUUUUACAGUGCGAUUUGAAAGAGUUGGAACCGGAUAAGCAACGCGAGAUUCUGGGGCAGGGAUGUUCUUUCAGUUCAUAAGAUAUUCAAGACACUUAAACAGGUCACAGCCGAACAAAGCCAAUCGUUAUGUAUUGCGAAUAAAGCUCUAACUAAUUUUCUUAUUA